ACGGUUAGGGGGUGGGGUCUGUCCUGCUGGCGGUGACAGGGAGUCGGCGAGUGACCGGCGGGUCUCUCAUUCACAACGAAAUAGAGAGAGAACAAAACAAAAAUAAAUAAUAACUAACCCAAAUUUUCAGCUCGAUAUCUUAUAUUCGGAGUUUACACAGCCCGGGAAGUCGCUAUGUCUGGAGAUGAGAUGAUUUUCGAUCCCACAAUGACAAAAAAGAAGAAAAAGAAGAAGAAGCCUUUCAUGCUGGAAGAAGAUGGGAUUGAACAACCAACAGAGGAAACGCCAGCAACUGAAUCUAAGGAAACUGUAAUUUCGGAGAAUGUGGAGGAGAAGGUUCCAGAGGCAGAUGAAGAUGACAAUAAGAAAAAAGAUACAACAGAUGAUUUGGAUGACUUGGACUUCUUCAAUCAAAAGAAAAAAAAGAAAAAACCCAAGAAGCCUAUUGGAAUUGACAAUGGUGUAAAGAUUGAGGCUGAUGUCACCGAGCAGGGGGAGGUUGAUGAUGAUGCCUUUGACGUCAGCAUGAUGAAGAAAAAGAAGCCAAAACCUGUGACUUUCGUGGUUGAGGUGCUAAACGAAAGGACAGACGACAAACUUGAUGAUGAUGAAAGUAAAAGGGAUGAUGGCAUCACUUUUUCCACUCAGAGUGGUCCAGCCUGGGCAGGAUCAGAACGAGACUACACUUACGAUGAGUUGCUGACUCGUGUAUUCAACAUCAUGCGAGAAAAAAAUCCUGAUAUGGUGGCUGGAGAGAAGCGGAAGUUUGUAAUGAAACCACCUCAGGUGGUCAGAGUAGGAACCAAGAAGACGUCGUUUGUGAAUUUCACAGAUAUCUGUAAACUGCUACAUCGUCAACCAAAGCAUCUUCUGGCAUUUCUGUUGGCUGAGUUGGGUACAAGUGGAUCCAUUGACGGCAACAAUCAGCUUGUAAUUAAAGGGAGGUUCCAGCAAAAACAAAUAGAAAAUGUAUUAAGGAGAUACAUCAAGGAGUACGUAACCUGUCAUACCUGUCGGUCGCCAGACACCAUCUUGCAAAAGGACACACGGCUGUAUUUCUUGCAGUGUGAAACUUGUCAUUCUCGCUGCUCUGUGGCCAGCAUCAAAACCGGCUUCCAGGCUGUUACUAGCAAGCGUGCACAGCUCCGUGCCAAAGCACAUUAACCUAAACCUUAACCACUGGAGAGAACAGGAACUGGGAGUUUAAUGUAAUAGGACUGUUUUACCAAACAAGGGGUUGGGUUUUAAGCAGAUUAAAAUACAACAAUAAAAUGCUGCUGACUCGGGAGGGUGGGGAGGAGGAAAAUAAACUAAUGGUGAGCAUUAUUCUAUGAAGUCCUCCUGAACCUCAAUGUAUUGUAACAGUACUGUUGCACUGCUCUCUCUUCAUAUCUUGUCCAGUCUGCAGUAUAAAUGCAGGAAGAAAAUUGCCUUUUAUACCUUGUAGGCUGCUGGAGGUACAGCUCAAUUUCCUGGAGCUUGGAAGUGAUUCACUGAAUGUUGUUUAAGUGUGCAUAAUUUCUUGUUGAUUAUACCUCACCCUGGCUGGUUAUUUGCUGUCUGGCUGCUGUAUUGGUUUUUUAAACAGGGAGGGUGGGAGGAGGGAUGAUGACCAAAUUACGCUAAAUAAGUUUUGAAAUUUAUUAAAAAAAUUCCCUGAAAAUAUUUAAAAUUGUGGACUUUUAAAAUUGAUUCCAUCUUUAAGUUGAAAUCUUUCUGAUGCCAGGGUGAGGCCUGAGUUGCAAAGCAUAAUCUAUGCUGAUUUUUGCAGUGGCGUGGAAGGUUUAUCCAUAUUUAGCCGCAGAUUGGUUUGGAGGGGGUUUUAAAAACGUGACGCCUUUGUUGAACCGAUUACAGGCUCUGGAUUGUACAUCUGGUGACGAGCGUGCAAGAAAAAUAUGUAAUAAAAUAGUAAAACUAGUGGUUAACAGCUAUUCUCCUCUGCUUCUGGUAAUGUUUGACCCAAGCUGACUCUUGUCGAGCUGGUUGUGACCAUCAGCCACUUCUAGCACGUUCAAAGCGUAGGCACCAACUUGGAGGCUAGCAGCAAAGGUAAGAUCUCUCUUGCAGCUGUCUGUUCUCCAAACUGCGAAACCAAAGGGAGCCACUUGCGUUUGGGCAGCAUAGGUGAUGUGUUUUAUGUUGGCAGAAAUGUCUUUAUGUUAAUACUUCUCAGAAGCCCAUGCAAAAACAGCCCUCCGUUGGCUGUAACUGAGUCAGCUGUAUAUUGGCUGGAUUUUAACCAGGCCGCUGCCCUGCAGCAAGGCUACACAGUUUCCCAUUUCAAGGAUGUUGUAAAUUCCGGUGGUAAGUUCAAAGCGAAUGUUUGAUUGCGGAUAGGAAAUCUGAAAGAAGUUGGACUCCUUAAGACUUGGGUCUCAAUCAAAAUUAUUUGAUCUUUUGGUGCUUGGAUUAUUUAAUGAGUUGCCUGAGUGGCAUAUCAGUCUGUCCUCAUUAUACUCUUGUAAAAAUCCCUCACUCAAACAUUGCUCCAGUUGAAUGCAUUUUGUUUAGUAGGGUUUGGCUUCCGGCGGGAAAAGUUUUUUUAAAAAAAACUGCUAUUUAGAUCUGCUCACCUACGGUGCACUCCAAGACCAUGACUGAAGCAUGACCAAUAUUUGACAUGAUCUCAAAGACAAAAUCUCAUCCUCCAAAUUAAAACAGCUGACCGAAGUAUGAAAUGUUUUCCCAAUUGGAUACAUGGUCAACUCCAAACAGUUUUCAGAUCUGAAUGGGAAGCAUGUGGAUUUGUUUUAAAUUUGUACUGGUGCUGGGUCUUAAUAUCAAAUUCUUCCACCCAGUCAGCAAACAGUUGGGUGUGAGGAAUAGAAAAAUGUUUCUCUCAAAUGCAUUCCUGCAAUAAUACGAAGUAAUUAGUGCAAGUUAAGUCAGGUCACCUUUCCUGAUUACACCAGCAAUGCUUUUUUUUCCUGUAAAAACUGGUGAAAGAAACAUUUGUCUUUUAACACGGUUAGUAAAAGCUGACAAAAAUUGGGUUGCAUUUCUGGUUGGAAAAGAGCAAAGAAAGUCACAGUCUGGGAUGGCAGAGGUAGCCUUUGCUACAUUAGCAAAGUUGACCAUUUUACAGUGAGUUUGCAUGAGCAGACUAAACGUGUUUACAUUAUCAGUUUCAUUUGCUCUGAAGUAGAGACUGUGCGCCUCAUUUUUGAAUUAGCUUAUUGAUUGUUACUCUCAUAGAUCCUCUGAAGUUCUUAAAGCAGAAACAAACUUAGGACUUCUGAGGUAAACCAGAUACACAUAUUCCCUGCUCAGUAUUUUGAGGUCUUUUUGACAUUAAGGCUGUUAAGACCUGAGAAUGGAUAUAAUGGUUUUGUCUCCAUCCAUUUCAACAUGAGUACAUAAGGAUGCUUUACUAACUUUGUCUUUGUCCUAAAAUUGACACUAAGAAAUGUUAUAGGUGCUGAAUAAAGUGGUUUUUGUAACUACAA